AUGCUGGCUCCAAAGAAAGGCCUCCUGUGCAACCUCAACCACAUCCACCUGCAGCACAUCUCCCUGGGGCUGCACCUCUCCCGGCACCCCGAGCUCCAGGAUGGCUCCACGGCUGGGGGAGAGCAGACGGGCUGCACCCAGUGCCCGGAGAACCGGGAGCCAGUGGAUGCCAAUUCCAACAAUGCCUCGGUGAAAUGCCGCUGCUGUGAGUCCCACCCUCCCGAGCCGGAGACGCUGGGGCUGCAGAACCAAGAGGAUUUCCCCUGCCUGCACAGCGGAGACGAGGAGGAGGCGGCUUCCCCUUGUGAUCCCCCUUGUGAUCUGGCUUCUUCCUCCUCUUCCUCCUCCUCCUCUGUCAGUAGCUGCUCGGAUUUCAGCUUGGAUGACUCCCCGGUCUCGGUGUACUGCAAGGAGUUCGCCAGAGCAGAGUCCCAAUCCCCUGACAAGCAGCUGAACGUCAUUGCCACAGAAAAUGCCUGGCAUGGAGAGGCUCUGGCUGACCAGCACAGGACGUGCCAUGGCACAGACGCCAACCACAACUCCCCGGUGCCCCCAAGAGCCACGGCCGCGGCCAGCAAGAGCCCAGACAGCCUCUGCAGCAACAACUCCCUCGAUUCCCACUGCGACGAGCUCUCUCCCGGCACAGCAGCACCGGAGACCACCGGCACCUGCGCCGACCUAGACCCCAACUGCAACCCCCUCCCCGAGUCCGAUGCCGCGCCCCCGGCACCGCCGCCCGUGCCGGAGCGGCGGGAUGCCGGCAUCCCGAGCAGCGCUCCGGAGCCGCGGCCCCGGCCCGGUGGGCUCCCCCCGCCCGUGCCCCCCCGGCCCCGGCGGCGGCUGCAGGUCCUGAACGCGCACAGGGCGGAGCAGCCCAAGGCCGGCCCGGGGGAGCUCUGCAGAGACGCGGCCACCAAGACCAUCACAUCCUUCCACGAGCUGGCCCAGAGGAGGAAGAGGAACGCGGCUGGGCCCCCGCUCGCCCAGGCCCGCGUUGACCGCAGUGACUGGCUGAUCGUGUUCUCGCCUGACACGGAGCUGCCCCCCAGCAGCGAGCUGCUCUCCGGUACCGCGGGCCAGGAGCGACCCCAGCCCCAGCCCCAGCCCCAGCAGGACGGGCCAGCCAGGCCUCCCGGCUCCAGGCAGAGAGAGGUGACCACGUUCAAGGAGCUGCGGUCCCGCAGUGCCGCCCGGCAGCCCAAGGGCCAGCGGGCAGAGCCGGCCCAGCACCCCCCUGUGCCCCCGGGGCCCCCCGCAUCCCUGGGGGGGACACAGCUGCUGGCACCCAGCGACGGCCACCAGCCGAGAAGGAGACCCCGGCCCAGCCUGCAGCCCAUCGCGGAGGGGCAGCCGAGGGACGUGGAGAAGGGGGGGCUGCCCCCAGGGGAGAAGGGGCUGGGCGCUGCCCCGCUCCGGAGGCUCGGGGGUCCCGGCGGGGACCCCGCGGUGCCACGGGCGGCCCAGAGAGGAGACGAGACCCGCACGGGGGCCAGGCCCGAGCCGCUCGUCCCCGGAGCCGCCGCUGGAGCCGCCGCUGGAGCCGCCCGGCCCGGCGGGGGAAGAGCGGAGGGGCCCCAUGGCGAGCAAACCAAAGCGCUGCUGGUCGCCGUCAGCUCCGCUGUGGACAAGGUCAUCGCCCACUUCAGCACGGCACGGAACCUGGUGCAGAAGGCCCAGCUGGGGGACAGCCGGCUCAACCCCGACGUGGGCUACCUGCUGCUGCACACCCUCUGCCCCGCGCUCUACACCCUCGUGGAGGACGGGCUGAAGCCCUUCCAGAAGGAUGUCAUCACGGGCCAGAGGAAAAACUCCCCUUGGAGCGUGGUGGAAGCCUCGGUGAAGACAGGCCCUGGCAGCCGCUCCCUGCACGCCCUGUGCUGGCACGUGGCCGGGCUGGCACCCCUGAGCAGCAGCAGGCAGAAGUUCCACGCCUUCAUCCUCGGCCUUCUGAACAUUAAACAGCUGGAGUUGUGGAUAUCUCACCUGCAGAAGAGCCCAGGUGUGAUCUCCGUGCUUUACUCACCCACGGCCUUCUUUGCCCUGAGCCAAGGCCCUCUUCCCCACCUUGCUGACGAGCUUCUGCUGCUCAUCCAGCCCCUCUCGGUGCUGACUUUCCACCUGGACUUGCUCUUUGAGCACCACCACCUCUCCGUGGACGUCCGGCCUUUGUCCCGCCGGCUGGAGUCCCCGCUGUCCCCUGGCUGUCCCCCCAUCCCUGUGCGGGGGUCUCUGGGGGUCCAGAGCGGUGCUGCAGGGGACAGCCUGGAGGAUGAGACCCCGCCCGAUGCUCUGGGCAGGGUGGGGGGCACAGGGGGCCAACCCUUCAUGGGUGGGUUGGUCCCUGCCCCCCCGGUGGGGGCUGCUCUGCAGCAAACCUUGCAGCACGUGCUGCGCUGGGGUGACCAGCUGGGCCGCGCCUUGCUGGGCUCUGACACCCCCCCGCAGAGUCACGGGCCUCGGGAGGGCACUGGGGGCACUGGGGCUGGCCUGGGUGGCUGGUGGGGCCAGCUGAGCCAGAGCUCCAGGGUUUACACUGCUCCCAGCAAGGAGAAGUUCCCCUCGGUGUGGUGGACGAAGCUGCGGGCGGCUGCGGGGGAGCCCAGCCCGGGCCAGGCUGGGCAAUCCCCAACUGCCACGAGUGAGCCCAGAGGCACGGAGCUGCAGCUCCUUCAGACCAAAGCUGGCCCUGAACGCCCCGUCCCAAAGCCCAGCAGCAGCACUGACACCUCAGGCACCUCUUCCCCUGAAGAUCUCUUCUUGCCCACUGCAAGCGGAGCGUUCGCCAAGCUGGAUGAUGCCAGUGCUGGAAGGAACCUCCUGGCUGCUCCCCCAGAGCCUCCUGCCAGCAGGAACCAGGCAGCGCCUUCUGGCCCAGGCGUGGGUGAUCCUCCCAGUCCUGACAAGGGCAGCUGGCUGGGCUGGCUCUUUGGAGCCACCAACCCUUCAUCCAGAGGCUUCCCCAGCAGCCCUGACGCUGCCUCGGCCAGGUCCAGGUAAGACCCAGCUUGGGCAGGCGCAGG